CCCAUCACGAAGCUGAGCCUCGACGGCCGCCGCCUCGUCGCCGUCGGCGACGUCCACGGCGACUUCCCCCAGGCGAUGAAAGCGCUCGAGUGCGCGAAGGUCAUGGACAAGACGGGCAAGUGGUGCGGCGGGGACACUGUCGUCGUGCAGGUGGGGGACAUCCUCGACCGCGGGGAUAACGAGCUCGCCAUUAUGCGAAAGUUUCGCGCGCUCGCCAAGGACGCGAGAGCUGCGGGCGGCGAUUUCAUCGUCAUCAACGGCAACCACGAGAUCAUGAACGUCCUGGGCGACUUCCGGUACGUCACCAAAGGCGCGUACGGCGAGUGCGCGAGGUACACGGAGAAGAAACGCCUCGCGCAGAUCGCCAAGCUCGGCGAGGAGAACGUCGAGCCGCCGCCGGAGACGCCCGAAGGGGUCAACCCGCAGACGUACGCCGGUCUCCUCGCUCGCCGCGCGCUCUUUCUCCCGGGCGGCGAGAUGGCGGUCAAGAUGGCGUCCAACCCCACGGUGCUGCAGGUGGACGAUACCGUCUUCGCGCACGCGGGGAUCGACGAGAGCCACGUGGAGUACGGGUUCGCGCGCAUCAACGCCGAGGUGUCGCAAUGGAUGGCGGGCUCGCGCGCGCAGCCGCCGAAACACGUCUUGGAGGAAAAGGGCGUGGUGUGGACCAGGGAGUACGGCGGCGCGGACGCGGGGCAGACGAGCGAAGCCGCGGCGUGUCGACGGUUAGAGAAGGCGUUAGACGCGACGGGGGCGAAGCGGAUCGUGAUCGGGCACACGCCGCAGCAGAAGGGCGUCAACUCGGGGUGCGGCGGGAAGGUGUGGCGCGCCGACGUCGGCGCGUCGCGGGGGAUCUACGGGAACACCCCGCAGGUGAUCGAGAUCGUGAACGGGCGCGUCCGGGUGUUG